UCUUCGAUGGCAGUUUUGGUGAAAACUUGUUGCUGUGGCUGCAGCCUCGGUGCAGGUGUUAUGAUUCUCGGAAUCUUAGGCCUGUUUGCAUCAGCUUAUUCAAUUUAUCAAAACAGUCAGUCAAUCAAAGUUAACUUGAAGCAUAUAGAGGAGAACGCUGACGAAAUCAGCCAGGAUUUACAUUUCAACAAAAAGGAUUUCCUAGUGAUCGUGAGAUUGGCAUAUGUUUCCCUGGUAUUCGGAGUCAUCUCACUGUUGGUGAACCUGUUGCUACUGGGAUCCUGUUGCUCA